GUUUAACCCGAUGGCCGGACGGAUUUCAUUAUUCCGGGUUCCAACGGCCGCUGGACGGUACUUUAGCCGCGGCAGUAUUCAGCAUUGCCAGCGCGUUACUCGCACAUUCGCCACGAAAAUGGAGACCAACGGGAAACCUAUAGCAUGCGGAGUGGUAUUCGACAUGGAUGGCACGCUGCUCAAGCCCGUCAUAGACUUUGCGGAAAUGAGGCGGCGUGUGGGUGUGCUGCCCCACCAGGGGGACAUCCUGGAUGUCAUCAGCGGCUGGGGGGCGGAGGAGCGGCAGCGGGCGUACGACAUCAUUGCGGAGAUAGAGGAGCAGGCCCUCCGUGACAUGGCCCUCAUGCCGGGCGCCCUGGAGCUGUGCGCCUUCCUGGACGCCCGGGGACUGCCCAGGGGCCUCAUCACCCGCAACGUACGCCGCAGUGUGCAGUACUUCCACGACUUCCUGGGGCUGGUUCCCUUCUCACCAGCCAUCACUCGGGAGUGCGAGUUCCCCUACAAGCCCAGCCCCGCGGCCCUGCACCACAUCGCAGCCAGCUGGGGAGUGCCCCCGGGGCAGCUGGUGAUGGUGGGGGACAGCGCCAAGGAUGAUGUGGUCAGCGGCAACCGCGCGGGCGCCAUCACGGUGCUGCUGGACAACACGGGGCGGGGCGGGCCGCCGCUGCCUGAGGGGGCCGGGGAGGGGGGGCUGCGGGGGGAGAUGCGGCCCACGCAUGUGGUGUCCAGCCUGUUCGAGCUGCAACAGCUGCUGGAGGAGUGCUAUGAACUGCUGCCACCGCCGCUGCCGCUGCAGUCGCAGCAGUCGCAGCAGCAGCAGCAGCAGCAGCAGCCCAAUUAAACUGACGUCCACAGAUGGAGCGGGCGAGGCGGUUGAGGGGGGCUAACUGCGAGCUAGGGGGAGCCAUG